AUGGUAUGGUACUUGGAAGUGCUAAGAAAAGCUUUAUUCAAAAGAAAUAGUUUGAAAUUCUAUACUGUAGAAAAUGAGUGGAUUAUUAAUGAAACAGAUCUAGUAUGGUUAAAAGAGGUUUUUAUUCCUCAAACCGCCUUUUCUAAUUCAAAAAAGGCUAGAUUGCUUGUUUUAGACGGGUAUGGAAGCUACGAAAUCACUCAAUUUAUACUUAAGUGCUUCAAGAACAAUAUAUACCUUUUGUUUCUUCUUCCAUAUAUAUCAUAUGUAUUACAACCUUUUGAUUUAUUGAUAUUCUUUUUUCUAAAACAUAAAUACUGGUAUAAACUUAAUAAAUUAGGUUCACUAUUUGAUUCUAUAUUUAUAGGCAAGAGGAAUUUUCUUGUAUACUAUCAGAAAGCAAAAUUAAAGAGUUUAACUCUGAAUAAUAUCAUUUUAGGAUGGAGAGCUUCAGAUUUAUGGCCUUAA